AUGGUUUGUCUGUUGGAGAAGCUAAUCCCCCUCCUCCCCCCUCUCUCAUUCUUCCUUUCAGAAAUCAUUGAUGAGCUAAUUAAGGAAGAUGGCUUUGGAGAGGGCCCCAUGUUACUUCCCGCCAGGGGCUCUCUUAAUGGGCUGGCCAAGGUGAUGCCAAGAUACUCUAACGUAGCAUCACCACCCAGGAUGAAGAGACUAGCUGAGCCUGUGGGGAUGAGUCCUAUGCAGCCCUAUGCCCCCUCCUGCCUCACAGCCUCUUGCACUCCACAAGACCCUUCAGCAUCUCACCUCUCUCGGAACCUUAACAACUUGACGCUAAGGCCCCAGUUGGUCCCAAGGGGGACGCCUCUCCCUUUGCUGCCCAGGGGCAGAUGCUCUGAUGCUUCUUGGCCCCCUCCCGCCCCUUCCCUGCAUCCCAUGAUGCCCCAGGAGCCACUGGAUGACAUCCUCCGGGAGCCACCCAAGCUUGUGAUCACAGAGCAGCCCAAGCAGAGAGGGAUGCGCUUCCGUUACCAGUGCGAAGGCAGGUCAGCAGGGAGCAUCUUGGGCGAAGGCAGCACCGAAAGCAACAAAACCCUGCCAGCCAUUGAGCUGCAGAACUUUGCAGGAAUCAUGGAAGUGAAGGUGACGGCAUGCUUGGUAUGGAAAGACUGGCCUCACCGCAUCCACCCUCAUAGUCUGGUGGGGAAAGACUGCAACAGUGGUCUCUGUGAAGUGACACUGAAGCCCCGAGUCAACCCCAAGCACAGUUUUAACAACCUCGGGAUCCAGUGUGUGAAGAAAAAGGACAUAGAAGAGUCCAUAGAGAAAAAGCUAAAACUCGGAAUUGAUCCUUUCAAAGCUGGCUCACUGAAAAAUCACCAGGAGGUUGACAUGAAUGUGGUCAGGAUUUGCUUUCAAGCCUCAUACCAGGAUUGCAUGGGGAAGACACGGCACCUCAGCCCUGUCCUUUCAGAACCCAUCUAUGACAAGAAAUCCACAAACACGUCAGAGCUGAAAAUCUACCGGAUGAACAAGGAGUACGGCAGCUGCACGGGAGGAGAGGAGCUCUAUCUGCUGUGUGAUAAGGUCCAGAAAGAAGACAUUUCCAUCAUCUUUCAAAAGGAGAAGUGGGAGGGCAAAGCGGACUUUUCGCAGGCUGAUGUCCACCGCCAGAUUGCCAUUGUGUUCAAGACGCCACCGUACCAGCACCUUGAUAUUGUGGAGCCGGUGGAGGUGGAGGUGUACCUGCGGCGCUUGACGGAUAGUGUCUCCAGUGACCCCUUCAGCUUCACCUACCUGCCCAAGGACAAUGAUACAUACCGGGUCAACAAAAAGAGAAAGCAAGGCAUGCCUGAUGUCCUAGAGGAGCUCUCCGGCCCAGACCCUCACGGGAUUGAAGCCAAAAGAAAGAGAAAGAAGCCAGGGUACAUGGACCAUUUCAACUUGACUCCAUCCACAGCUGGUUCCCUGAGCGGUUCAGAAGACAGGAACAUCCUGAGCAACCUGGAGCAUAUCACCGUGCCAGACCUGUUUGAGGACUACAGCGUGGUCCAAGACUUCUCUCCCUACAAUGGCCCCACCUUGAGCGACAUCCUGCUGCCACCCACCAUGAACUUUCCAGAUACUGCAGAACACGAGUUUCUGCUAGAUGCUUACUCGCUUCACUCAGGCAUCUCUGCCCCCUUCAUGCUCUCAGGAGAUGGUGAGCCGGAAGGCACAGCCAGCUUAGUGGGGAGCAGCAUGUUCCCCAGCCAGUACAAGGAGGCUGAAGCCUGGCUAGAAAUGGAGACCAAGCUGAAGUCAGCAGAUGCCGCUGCAGCCUUGUGAAGGAUCCACCGUGGCCUUGAAGAGAAGGGGCCUGACUCUUUGUUUUGAAGCCUACUCGUGGCAGGGAACUCCUUGACAGAGCAACCAGGGAUGUUUCCUCUGCUGGCAAACUGAAGGAGGAAAAUUACUUUGAUCUGUAUGAGGUAUCUUUGAUGGACUUCCCUUUGGGAGACAGAUUUGACAUGGAAGGAAGGAAGAAAAGAUUGCACUGAAGAGCAGGCAGGGGCAGUGCCCUUGGGAUUGGCCCCAGUCACCUGCAUUUGCUGCUCUCCCCCAUUUCUCCACCUGUAAAGUUGGGUCAGCAACACUCACUGGUUCAUAAAGGGGCAAAACAUGUAGGCCUGGCAAAUGUACUCUCGGUUAGUUUUACGGGCGUACCCGUGGCUUCUUUCUCUGUGGGAAGAUUUAUACAGAUCUCUGGUGGAACAUUUUGUACGUUACCAGAUUGGGGUUUUUUGCAAAGACGAUGCACAUCGCGAUAGCUGAUGGGUGGUCCUGUGUUUUGGAGGGGCUCAAGCACUGAUCAUUCUAAUGCAGACACAUGAUGGCAUGUUCCAUAAUGGCUUAUCUUUCAAUGAAUUUAGGAAGACAUGAGGCAUAUAAAGUUGCCUUAUGCCAAGAGGCUGUGAGUGUCACCUGGGAUCAGCUCUCCAAGUUGUUUUCCCUCUUAUUCCUGGUGAGAUCUCUUUAUCUGCAGAGGACAAGGACUGCAAUAAAUGUGUGACUAUCUACAUGCAAUGAAUGUACUUCCUCUCCAGCAGUGCCCUUCUUUACCUGUGGCCACAUCCACAGCAUACAUUUCAAGCACUCUUAUGCCCCUUGGAACAGUCAUGGCUCCCCAAGAAGAAUUCUGGGCUCUGUAGUUUUGUGAAGGGUGCUGAACUGCAGUUCUCAGCACCCUUAACAAACUACAGUUACCAGGAUUCACCCUGACUGUUAAAGUGGUAUAAUAAUGCUUUAAAAUGUACGGUGUGGAUAAGCCUACUAAAGUAUGAUCCCUCCCCAUGUGAUGAAGCAGGGGCCAUUUGGGUCUGAAAACAUGGCACCACUUUUAAACAGUUUGGGCAUGUGCCCUUCAGACUGUCCAAUGCACUAGGCCAGUUUCUCAUUCAACCAGGAGAAACAGACAGAUAGCAUCACAAACCAGAGUUUCAUGGGGGUGGGGCUUUGGUUCUCCUCCCCGUCAAGGCAUUGCUCUGAGCCGUGCCUCCUGCUGACCUCUUUUUCAGGAUUUAUCAUACAUUAGCAUCUCCCCUUCACUGGCAAAUAGUUUGUGAGAUUCUUCCAUCUUCAGGUUUCUCCCUGUUUCUACAACUGUCUGGGUGAAACACAUACACCCAUCCAAAAGGGUUGCCUAAGGUUACAGGUUGCAGUAUCUGCACGGACUUUCAUGUACUGCACUAUUGUUAUGGUAAGAAGAAAAAGCACUUGAUUUCUUUCCACGGACACACAUUCACUCUUUUAAGAAAGCAUUGGGAGGGAAAAGAAAUCUUUAAAAGCUGUAAAAAGAAGUGCCAGGACAAAACAAAUCUACAUUUUGGAAUGACAGUAAUGUGGGAUAGGUUCGGGCUUGCCCCUUGAACAAAGUACUGGACUUCCAUGGGCUUACUUUUUCAUAUCUACGCAUUGUUACUGGUUUAAUUUUAGCCCCAUAACCUGUUUUCUGUGCCGAGGCCUAGCCCUGGAAAGAUGUGAAGUAUGAAUAAAGCAGUCACUGCCUCUGA